CAAGGGGCUGUCCUUCUGUCCUAUGUGGUUUCUUGAAUGAAAGUGGCAGGAUGCUGUGUCCUAAAGGGUUUGACGUGGUUCUGUUUGUUGUGUUGCAGUCUGAUCUCACGCAUGCUUCAGCGGGACCCCCUGAAGCGGGCAUCGCUGGAGGAGAUAGAGAGUCACCCGUGGCUCAGUGGGGUGGAUCCUUUGCCCGCCAGCCGCACCACCGUUCCUCUCACCUCCUACAAGAGCAUCUCCGAGGAGGAGCACGAGAUCAUCAUCCAGGCCAUGACCUGCGGCCACAUCGCUGACCGGGACACCAUCCAGGAAGCUCUGGAGGCUGAUCGGUAUAACCACAUAACUGCCACAUACUUUCUUCUGGCUGAGAGGAUCCUUCGGGAAAAGCAAGAUCGACCGGGACAGACCCCGCAUGCAGAGUGCAACUGGGCAGAACCAGGUCAAAACAGACGACCUCUCUCUGAACCUCUGGAUUUGGGAAGACCCCGGGAGCUGACUGGUGGAGUGUUGGUGUUGUCGUCUCCGGACAUCCCGCACUCGGCUGUUGGACCCUACAAGGACUUCACUGAGCAAACUGAAACUGACAGCAGGAAGUCCUUGACCAUCCCCAUCAACAGGGAAGAGGACAACCCUCUCAGUGGGCAUGGAGUCGGGCAGCAACUGUUCUUAAGGUCAAGCGGGUCAGGGGAGCUGCCUUCUGGAAGAAACAUCUGUGCCCUGCAGCAGAUCUGUGAGGAAGAGGAGGAGGAGGAAGAGGAGGAGGAAGCAACAUCAAUUGCAUUGCCAGAUUUGAACUGCAAGGCCCGUAAUCAGAAUUUGGGUUGUGCUGCCAUGAACAACCAAGACCAAACAGAAGGAGCAAAACACUUAGUUUGUGGAGAAUUAAGAUUCUGUCUUCAUUCUAAAGAAUGCCAUAAAAAUACAAGAUCUGUGGAAGGACUAGGAGAUAUUUUUGAGGAGCAAGCUGAUAUGGAAGGAAGCCAGGGUCUAGAGGGCAAGGGAGUUCUUAAAGGUCAUAAAAGCCUGGAAGAACUGGAGCAAGACAGACAUCUUCCGGAUGUAGAAAGCAACAAAGCACUAAGACACCAUAACAUUCUUGAAGGCAAAGAAAGUUUAGAAUUUCAGAAACUUAAAGGUUGCACAGAUCUGGAAGUUAAUGGGAAUCUUGGAAGCAAGCCAUGCCUUCAUGAUUACACAUGUCUAGAGGGGCAGACAGUUAUUGAAGGACACAAGCAUGUGGAAGAUAAAAGCCUGGAAAAGCAGAAUGUUCAAGAACAACAUUUUCCAGAAAGUCCUACAGAACUAGAUGACCAUGAAAGUACUGGGAAACAACCAGAAGUCAAGAAUGGUUUAGAAAGCCAGAUCAUGUCAGCAGAACGCAAGAAAGUGUUAGAAGACCCUAUUAGACAAUGUAAGGAAGUUGAAAAAGUUCAAGGUUUAGAGGAAAUCAGAGUGCAGGAAGAACAAAAUUUAGAGAGACAAGAUGUUUUAGACAAUCACAGAAUUCCAAAGGGACACUAUAUCGUUAAUGAGGAAGAGCAUUUAAAAUAUACCACAGUUCAGAGUCGGAUCUCACAGAAUCCAGGGAACCAAAAUCAUCCAAGCACAGAAUGCAACAGUCUUGACAAAAACAGCUGCAGUGAUUCUCAGACAGUUAUCAAAGUACAGAAUGAGAAAAUGCUAUCUAAUUGCAUUAGGAGUAGGACACAGUGCUGCCAAGGAAAGCCCAAGGAGGCAAGCCCAGAUAGUGGAGAAGAACCCAUGAAGGAGCACAACAACAACACACCCAAGGUGGAACAGAAAACCACAGCACCAUCUGGAUCACCGAAGACCUUCAAGAACCAUUGUGUUGACACAGGUCCAGCUGCCCUUGAACUCCAAAUAAGUUCACUUACCAAAGACAACAUCUCUAUUCGGCCCCUGGACAGGGAGCGAUGGGGUCCCCAGGACAGGGAAGGUGGUGCGAGUUCUUGUUUCAAGAGCCCCAGGAGGGUCGCUGGGGGUAAAGAGUCCACUUUUUCCAGCCAGGGGGGCGUAUGCCUAGCAACCAGCUACGAAAUGGGUCCAGAGCCCAUGAUCAGGAUUGAUCCGGCCAAAAACAAGAAUGUGAAUCUAAGGGACCGGCUUCUACAGUUCCCUUUGUGUGAGAAAGCCCUUUCAUUUAAAAUCAAGCCCAGUUCAAAGGAAAGUCUGAUGCCGUUUGGACAGUUUAAUUGCUGCCAUGUACUAUAGACAGGGUUAGAGUGAUUCUGUAACUGGCAGCUUGAGAUGGCCAAGGAUUGAGCAGGACCUCCAGAUUUUAUUUUAUUGUAUACAAUAGACUGAAUAAAAAGGAGAAAUCUCCAUGUGAGAGUAUUUAGAAUUGUGUUUUAUUUUAUUGUACACCAGAGGCUGAAGUAACUUCUGUCAGUUGUUUUCCCGGACUGACUAGGAUGUACUGAUCUUAUUAUAGAAACUGGACUGACUUAACUGAUAUGCAGCUGUUUCUGAUUACUGUAUUUUAAUCCAUACUGUGAUAUAUUAGUUUUCAAAUAAGGAUAACUACUUGUUAAUGCAACUAUUUCAAUCAGUAGGGCUCAUUUUAUUUACAGAAAACCCUGCUUUAGCUUUCGUGACAUCAGCUGGCUGAAUGAUAUGUACUGAUGUGAAACUAACCUGUGAGUUUAACACUGCAUGCUAGGAAUGCUUGACUGAUCUGCCUUGCUUGAGGGUAUUCUUCAUCAGAGCCCUAGUCCUGCCUGAAGUUAGUUUCCAGGUCUGGCUUUAAGGGAUCUCUUCUUCAAUCACGAGGAAGAAGAGCAGAAGCUGAGAUGACCCACACCAGUGUUCUGGAAGCCAGCAGCACUGGCGGUCAGUAAUGACAUGUGGAAGCUGGUGGCUGCUCCAGCCCUACACUUUUAAGCAAGUUUCAAUGCAGUUGAGAUCAGAAAGGGAGAAACUGGGGCUAAAAACAUCCAUAAACCGUUAAUAGCUUGUUUCCAUUUUGGCACUGAUUCUGAUAGAUGCAUGAUCUAAUCUUGAUAGACCUUGACAGCCGUUUUGAAGGUUGAUUUGAGAUAUGUACAUUUCUUACCUUGUCUGAGGAACGCCACACAACGUGAACUCCCGGUCUCCAUGUUGCGUGGAUCAGGAGAAAGAACCACAUCUCUUCAUUGGUGCCAAAGAUGUGCUCCUCCUCCAUAAAAUCCACCCAUACCUAAAUCAGGUUGUCCAGAUUUCUCCUGCAUUUGCUUGCGUAAGGACUAACAUGCGUUUCACUUUAUUAUUUUUGUUCGGGAGAAAAAAAAAAUCCUAUAGGAUUAGGAUAGUUUUUUCUCUUCAUUUUUCUGCUUCUAUGCCUUCCAUCUGUUUUAAGUGUGGCUCCCCACUUUCUCCAUCUUCUAACGCAAAUAUGUUUAAUGUGUGUAGACAUGUCAGUCACUCCAGCUCACAAGGAAGUUAAAGAUCGUUCUCUACCAAAAAAGGCAGGCAGCCCUAGAGAACAACGAGGUUCAGGCUUUUCUCCUUCAAGGAAAAGGAGCAGGGAGGGAGACUUGCUGGCGAAAUCAACGCCUGCCACUACGGAGGCUCCAGCAUCCACAGCUCAACCAUCCCUUCCGCAGCUACCAAUGCCUAAAGAUCUCUUUCUCAGUGGCUAAAGGAUAUGAGCAGUUAAAACAGACUCAAACUUUACAGCCUGUAGCUCACACAGCACGUUCAGGUACUGCUGCACCCAGAAGUACACAGGAGCAAUACUUUCCAGGUGCCCCCACCCUAGGAGAUGACGACGACAUCAUUGACUCUGCCCUCGAGGAGGACGUUUUUGAAUACACAGAUACUCUGCACUCUAGCCAUGAACAUCUGGAACUGGUGCAGAACACAGGACAUCUCUAUAAAAGCAACUUCUUUACCAGGACUCAUCAACAGCGUUGCAGACCUACUCAGCAGCGUAAUGGUACCCCACGAAUGGCGGAUUCGGCCAGACAUUCUAGAGUGGAUAUUCAGCAAACUAGGUCGCCCAAAAAUAGACCUAUUUGCAACAGCAGAAAAUACCCAGCUGCCACUCUUUUGCUCCCGUGUUCACCAGGAUGCAGCAAUAGCAACAGACUGUCUGUCCAUUUCAUGGUCAAACGACCUGAUGUAUGCAUACCUGCCCUUACCUCUAAUCCCAGAGGUACUCAGGAAGGUAAGAGUCAGGGCCAGUCUCAUAUUAGUAGUCCCCUACUGGCCGGUGGCAACUUGUGACAUGAAGUAUCUGACGUGGAAAACGGCAUUUUUGAUGGCAAUGACAUCUGCAAGAAGGUUAAGCGAGCUCUAAGCACUGGUUAUUGAUGCGUUGUAUUUUCAGCCCUUUUUUAAGGACAGGAUUGUGUGCAGGACAAAACCUCACAAAUCAAAAGAAGCUAGCUCUAAUAGAUGUCAGAGGAGCCUUAACCUUCUACAUCCACAGGACUAUCGGUAGCAGACCAUCAGGACAACUUUUUAUCUCUUUCAAGUCACCAGACAACGGGAAACCUGUCGCUAAACAGAUGGUUUCUUGCUGGAUAACAUCAUGCAUUGCGUUCUGUUACAGUCUUGACAGCAAAACGGUUCCAAAACCCAUCAAAGCCCACUCAGUAAGGGGAUUGGCUACUACUAAAUUAAAAUCUGUUUCGAUUCAGGACAUCUGCAAGGCUGCUACUUGGGCAUCUUUCAAUACUUUUAUCAAACACUAUUACUGCAAUGUAUCAUGCUCUCAACCUAGCUUUGCUCAUUCGGUUUUAUUUGUGGUUUCCUCUACCAGAAUCUAACCUACCAUCCUUUAGUCUAUAUACUUUGGUAUAGUUCACGUUGUGUGGUGUUCAUCAGACAAGGUAAGAAGAUGAAGAUUACCUGUUUUCUUUAUUGGAUGAUGAACUCCACACACCCAUAUCCCACCCUCCUGUCCCCCUUCUCUUUCUUGUUGUUUGGUUUGGGUUUUUUUUGGGGUGAAAUUUAGACAACCUCACUUGGGUAUGGUGGGGGGGUUAUGGAGGAGGAGGAGCACAUAUUUGGCGUGAAUGAGCAUGAUCUCUGGGAAAGAUCUGGUUCUUUCUCCUGACCCAAGCAACAUGGAGAACGGGAGUUCACCAUCCAAUGAAGAAAUCCUAUUACAGGUAAUCUUCAUCUUCUGUGGGUUGAUUGAUAAAAUCUGUGCUGCUUGAGGGUGGCAGUAAGCAUCCUCUUAAAGACCGGAAGUGGUUUUACCCAUUAGUUCUGCAGGUUUUCAGCUGGCCAAUGCUUCACUGUAAAUGCUUCAGUCCACUAGCUACUGAGUUAAAUUACUGUAGCUGCUGUUAACCUGCUUUGGUGUUCCAGUUCCUAAGAAUUGCUGGUCUUAAAGUUAGCAACUUGAAUUUCAAGCUGUUUCCAUCUUGGGAUAAAACUUUAGGUCAAGCUUAAAAAAGAAAAAAAAAAAAAAAAAAACAGCCCUAUUCACAAAGCUUUAUGUUGUGAGUUUAAUUUUGCAAAGGUUGUUUUUAAGAAGUGUCUAAUUUUCUUUUAAAGUAAAGCUUUCUGAAGAUGACCCCAUGUUCAUGUUUACACCUGCAUCUAAAAGAUUAUCAUAAGAUGUAAACUGCCUACAAUUCCAGCUGCAUAUUUUCCAAAUAGGUCCCAAUAGGACAUAUUCACAAAACUGUAUUGUACUUUAUUUAAAGGGUGUUUAUAAUAAGGGCUGUUUUAAUUCAAUCAGUAAGUUUUGCUGUUGGUAAGGCCUGGGUAAAACACAGUCUCAAAUACCUUAUUUUAAAGCCCAUUUAUUUGCCAUAACAUGUUAGUUGACAGGUAAUAGGACCACCUAGUUGCAAAUGUGACAUUGGGUACUAUUACUGUACGUGUAACACAAAGAAUUAAUCUUUAGGACCUGUUUUAAAAGUUUAGGACAAGUGCAAAAUGCAUUUUUUGAAAUUGUGAAGUAAUACACUUCUUUUAUAAAUUUAAAUUGUAAUUUCAAAUUGUAAACGACUUUUAACCUCUAAGUAAAUUAUUAGCUAGUUCAUCUUUAAAGCUUUGAAAUAGGGCCUUUUGUAAUCUUCACCUAUUGGUGAGAUUGGUGCUGAGUAUGCAAGUUAUCUGCUAUAUGCUGUAGAGUUACACAGUGGGGCUCAUGUAAGGUGUAUAGCCCCAGAGAUUAACCUAAGGGUCUGCAUUUCAAAUUCUGGUGUUCACUGCUUUCAACAAAACACAAUCGGCUAGAUUCUCAAAGUUCUUUACUCCAAAUUGUCACAAGCUGUUGUUUUCCAGAAAGGAGAAAAACAUCUAAUAAAAGUAACCUAAACAGAAAUAAACUACCCCAACUUGAGGGGGUUGUUAACAGUCUCAGGUUGUUUUUGUAUUUGUUUUACAGUUGUAAAUUUGUUUUUUAUUUUUCUCUUUUUAGAAAAAAUGCGCUAAUAACAAUUUGGAGUAAAUAGCUUUGAGCGUCUAGCCCAAGAUGUAGGACUAUGUCAAGUAUAUUGACACAAAAAAUUAUUUGAUACAUUUUUGGUUUAGCCGAGAAGUGAAACUUUCUGUAACUUGGCAAGCUUUAAAAGAGACUCUGGGUAUCGCAUCCUCCAUCUUGCUUGCUGCACUACUAUAGCCUGGCUUUAAGUGCUGUUUUAGGCUCUGCUUUGACGUAUAUGUGACGGUAGAUUGGGAAGCCUAACUAAAAUCUUGAUCUUUUUGAGAUUCAUUUAUUUUUAUUUAUGAAAGAAUAUUUAACCAGAAAAACCUUAGUCAGAUGAGUGGCUUGUUUUAAUAUGUGUCCACAAAGAUGCACUUACCCUGAAGCAGACAAUUCAAAUACAUGCCUUCAUCCCUAGGGUGGCUCACUGUGUAGUUUCUCCAAUAUCACACACAAGAACAACAUAUUUUACCAGUGAGAUUAUAUAGAUAUAUCUCCGACCCAUAGACCCAUAUAUGAUCCUGAAAUACAUAUCAAAGCGUUUUGUUCUUUCUCUUUCACGAACAUCAGGCGUGAGGUUAUCUCUUGGAUUCUUAUCCUCUGUAGUGGCUCUUGCUUCUUUACCGCCUCUUAUCGACAAACUCAUUCCACUGGGAAGAUACUGGCUUUUUAAAGCUGGUUGCAAGUUUUCCAAUAUUACAAAUGUGUUUUGAAAUCAUUCCGGUUUGAUUUGUUUCAGUUUUCUAUAUUUUGUAUUUUCCUUUGUUUCACAUGCAAUGUAAAGCACGUUAGUGAUAGUGCUCGAUUUUAUACAGCUGUCCAGUUGUUGAUCAAGCUGCUUAUCAGGGGUGUGCACAUACCGAGAUAUUUUCUAGUAUUUCCCUUUAACAUAUUUUUUAAAUAUUAAAUCGGAAGUGAAAUCAGAAUGAUUUUAUAUCAAAUGGAUAAGAAAAAUAGUCGCAGAUAAAAUAUAAGUGGCUUUCUUUGGUUCUUUAUCAAGUCACACUGUCAGAAUGUUAUUGAUUGGUACUCUGUAAUUGUGUAAGCGAGACUUUUGUGUAAUUAACAAAUUUCAAAGAGGGUUUUAUUCAAUUUUAAUAAUUACCUAACAACUUAAAACAGGUUAAAGGAAACUACUUAUGUCUUUUGGACCUGCUAGAUCAAAAAUGGGUUUACAUAGACCACUGUUUUAUACUAGGUGUAGAAUUGAGUUUUCAAAUAGUUGGGGUUCAUUUGAAUCCUGGAACCUUAAAGCUUAAUGAGGUUAAUACAAUUACAAAUUUUAUUUUGUUAAAGUAAGGCAGUAGAAACCUUAGAAAACAAAAUAACUAAGAAUAUCAUGAAUGACAAGAAACAAUUGAAAACAACUGCAUCUCUGUCAGCAACUACAGUAUACACUUCCAUUCCUUCACACUGGAUUAUGUUUUGUGCUAUUUGGGCCCUUGGUCUGAAUAAAUAAGAAAGUACUUGAUAUAAAUGUGGGUUUUGUUGUAACUGGCACUUUUUCACCCUUUGGUAUUGUAACCCCUGCUUAUUAUCAUAUGCAACCCUUCUCUACCCCACCCAAAAUAAAAUGUGCUUGCUGACUGCGAAAGAAACUAAUACUGCUUAAACUGUUUUGUUUAUUUAUUCCAUUGCCGUAUAGUGUAUCCAGAGUAUAAAACUGUACAAUUCUGUAAAAAAUAAAUUUGUAAAUAAAAAUAUUUCAUUUUUA